UCAAAUCUACAUUUUUAACAGCUAUUUUUAUCAAAUUUAUUGACUUUUGUUUGAUUUAGGUUUUCCUGUAGUAAAUUUCUACACUAAAUUCCACCAAUUUAGUCUUUAUUAUAAAAGUCCAAAGGGUUACCGGAGUGAUUUUUGAAAAUUCACAAGGUAGUGUAAAGAAUGAUCACGUCGUGAGGUUUAUGCAUUAAUCCUCUGCGCAUAAAAGUAGGAUCCAAUUCACCAUUUCCUAUGGCCUUUAACCUUCACGGUAAAUUAUUAGCAAGACGUUCAUCAUACAAAGUAUCCGAUGAGGUAUUAUGGGAUAUGUGAGUUAUCUGAGAAAACAAUUUUUCUAAAUAUCCGCGUCGUCAUAAAAUCAUGUGGAUUUUUCAACACAGUGCAGCUCAGAGGAUGGUCGCUCUACAUAAAUUUUAUUUACCAAUCAUUGUUUGCUGCAGGAUAGAGAAAAUAAAACUCAUUAACAUUAUAUUGAUUGUAGUCUUUAUUAUUAUUAUUGUCUAUGGGAAUGAUAUUAUUCAUCACCCUUUGGGCUCCUUCAGUUAAGGUUUCCACCCUUCCACAGCGUCUUUUUUAUUAUUUAUUAUAAAAUAAUGUAUACAUUGUAGAAGGCUUUUUUUGAGCGGAUAAAAUUAUACUUUUCCUCAUUUAUAAUUUCCAAUUUUUUCUAUUUUAUUCCGUAUUAUCAAAAAAAAACAAGAUAUUAA